AUGGACACCCCAACAAUACCCCAAAGGGAACCCCGCCCGGGGCAAGGAUGGUCGGAGACCCGGCCUACCCGAGCUCCGCGGCGGGCCCUGGAGCGGACCCACGACGAGGACUCCGCACCAGAACCCGCGGUGUGCUCCGACAGCGACGUGGAGGUGGUCGGGGAUCCCGUCGUCGAAGAAAGAGAGAAGCGGCUCCGGAAAGCGGCGGCGGGCGAUCGGGUACCGCGCGGGACGACGGACGUCGGAGGAACGGAACUCCCGAGGGGCCACGCAGAGGAUGUCUGUCGGGCCACCGAGGAGACUCGGAAACGGUUCCGGGACCGGGAGCCGUCGGACGAGGAGCAGCAGCGGUCGACGGAGGAGGAGGCGCGGUGGCAGGUCCAGCUGCGGCAGGACCACGAAGCGGCGGCGGCGCGAUGGCGUGCCCGUCUGCGGGAGGCGGAGGAGGAGGAGCGACGUCUGUGGGAGGCACCGGUGGACUCGUGGGAAGUUCCACUCACCCCCAGGUACGCGGCCGAGGAGCCCAGUCCGAGGAGCGAAGAUGGGGACGAGCCCUGCGCGCCAUCUCCUCCGCGGUGGCUGCCGGAGGUGCCACCCACUCCCCGCUACGAGGGGGAGUGGCUCGCGGACGAAGCCCGAGACAGCGACGAAGGAGCUCCGAGCUCCGGCCACCCACGCCGCGCCGAUGCCACAACCGCACGAGGAGGCAGUCCACCAGGCACAGGCGGAGGAGCCGUCGGUGGUGCCGUUCGUGGCCGAGGGCGUGCGGUGGCGACAACAGACGGUGGUAUGAACGUGGCCCGAGGGGCCCGCGACGGUACCGACGAAGGAGGAGCCCAGGAUAUGGGAGGAGGUGGUACCCAAGGUGAAUCCUCGGGAUCCCCGGACGACAGGCCGGCAGGAUGCGUGGGUCCCGCCGACACCGAGCACGGGCCCGCCAACACCGGCGACGACAGCAACGACGGGAGAGGCGGAAUCGCUGGAGAAGGGAAGGGUGUGGCCCGAGCCACCGGCCACCCAAAGACCUCCGUUGCAGCGGCAAACUUCGACGCCCGGAGCGACGCGCCCGCGGCCACAGUUCAUGCGGCAGGUAUCGGCCCCGUAGGAAGGCGGUUGGCACAAGAUCGCCAGGAGCGAGUGGCCGGAGGGAAUAGAGGAGGCACCCGCGGUCGCGACGGCACGGCGGAAGAGCGGCAGGCGUUGCGUCCUGGUCAGCGAAGGCGGACGAAGGUACCGGGUGAGGCUCGGAGUCGCGGGCAUCCGGGUGUUCGCGCAAUAAAAUAA